AUGUCGACUCGCCAAUUCGUCAUCGCGGAAUCAUGGGGCCCUCAUUACACUGCAGUGAGCCUUGAUGCCGAGGGCUCCAAGCAUCGAUUGUUCAUCGAAAACUCCCCGCAUGCCCCUAAAAAGCCGGAUCUGACACUUCAUCGCACCGAUUUCGAUGGGCCUGUUCUCGGCACGACUCAAUUCCGGCGCUUUUCAUCGAACUGCAAUGUGAGACUGGAGAACGAUGACAAUGAGAUCAACCUCGUGAAGAAGGGGUUGGUGUCAUCGUUCUAUACCUUCGACGUCCAUAUCCACGGUGAAAAAAGGAGUUUGGCUUGGAAAAAGACACGGUCGCUAGGAAACCACCGCACACCUCAUGGAAAUAUCAAACUUCUCGACGAGGAGAGCCAAGAAGUCAUGGCCGUCUUUUCCCGCGAUGGCUUCGCCUUCGUCCCUGGCCUCUUAGAUAUAUACGGUUCUUAUGGCGAAUAUUUUGAGCAAGUGUCUCUGCUGACAGGACUGGCCGUCCGAGAACAACAACGACGCCAAACUACCCGAUCGGUGCGUGCCGGUCAAGAUAAUGUUUACACGAUGGGUGUUGUGGGGGUGGGGGGCGGAGGAGGUGGAGGAGGUUGUUAG